UGACUUGUGAAACCAGUAACUGCUCGGCUAUCUUUCCGACCACUUGAUUUAUUUCCAACUGCUUUUUUCUCGGUUGCUGAACGUUUGAACAAAACGAUAUUAAUAUUAUUUAUUUAAUUUAUUACAAUGGAAGCCGCGAGUGCGUGUAGCAGCCCCGCAACGAUUAUGGGAGGGCAUCAGACGGCGAAACGUAAAUUUUUCCAAUGGGCAGUCAAGUGGUUUUAUGCUAACAUGGCCGAAGACAAUCUAGAAAAACCGGACGCUCCUAUUUUGGUCUGCCUCUUGCAAUCAAUCGGUUUCCAAUUGCGGGAUUUCGAAAAAAUUGAGGAAUCGAAUAGAACGACAGAAUCGAAACCGGACGAAAAUACUGUACGGAUAUUCGUCGAGUGUGGCACAUCGGGUAUGAGAGCGUGCUUAGAACUCAACGACGUUAAAUGCAAGUGUCCGAACUCGGAAGUCACAAAGGACGCUUCGUUUUGGAGCGUUAGUGGUGUCGGUGGUACUGGACCAAUGAACACUGCCAAAGUAAAAAGCUCCAACAGAAUCGAAGAAAGUGGGAGCAAUCUUCUUCCCCCGGUGUCUAAAGAAACAGGCAAAAUCCUUCACGACGUAGCGUAUCAUCUGCUGAACAUUAUUGCCGAGAAACCAUCGGACAUCAAUCGGAAUUCGAAAAAUCAAUCGAACUUGAAUCUCAGCUCGAUACACAACGCGGAUAAUAAGGACGUUAGCGCUGAAGCCGAAGCUGAAACGUUGAAAAACCUCUCGACGAAUAUUGUGCGGAGCUACACGCAACCGGAAAUUGUACUGCCGCACGCAGGUGCGCGCAAGUUCAAAUGGACUGCCCAAAUAAUCGACAAAAUUGACAGCGACAACGAUCGCAACGGAUCAAAAUGGAGCACGGAUCUCGAGAGUGAAAUAAUCGAUAACGAUCAGCCCCGACCGUCACCACCGAAAAUAGCAAGUUCACCGGUCUUCAUGAAUCAACUUUGCAAUUCACUCAGUCAAAUAUCGCUGCAGAGCGAAGAAGAGGCUAGCAGUGUAGUCGAGCAUGUUAAACGAGCUCGUAAAAAUUUGGACAAAGCCCUCGAAAUUUUGGUGGCUAAGAAUUCGCCAAACUCUCGCAAUUCUCCGACUUUGGAAGAAGGAACAUUUUUGAAGCCAGCACCCGGAGGUUUAAACCUGACCGCAGGCGGAUCGAGAAGAUUGAGUUCUUGCAGCUCGGGCAGUUUGCGGAGCCCCUUGGGGAGUGCUCGUUCGCGACAGAGUUCAAGUUUUUCGUUGCCAGCCCGUGAGUCGUCAUUUACGCAAACCAGAAAAGCGACGAAUCAAGCGACAAUCUCGAAAUCAUCGACGUCGAAUGUAACGCGUCGAAGUGUGAGUAGCGUGCACUCGACAUCGAUGGUCGCAGCGUCGAACGCAGGAGCAACUAUGAAACGUCAAACUUCGAACGUCGAUCAAAAUUCAACGACAUCGAAAAUCCCUGGACGUCGAAAAAGCUUUGGUGUUUUGGGCAGUCAGCCGUUAAAAUUGGCAGCGUCUUCGGCGAGAAAUACGGCGAACAGUUUGAAAAGAAAAUCACCUGAACCCAAAGGAACGACAACUUUGAAUCAAUCGAGUAUACAAAAAGCCAACUCGUCGAUAAAUCAACCGCCAGCUACCCUUAAAUUCGGAUUCGUCAGAAAAAAAUCUUCUCUCGUUUAACUCGGCUUCCCCAGGCCCUCGCUUUUUUGUAUUUCUUUCAAUAUGGAAACACGGAUUCGUCAUGUAAUUUAUUCUCUUAUUUAUUAUUCCAGUCGUAAGUCUCGUCUUAAAAAUCGAAUAAUUCAAAUACAGUUUCUUGUCUUUUACGUCAUUUCUUAGAUAUAUUAUUUCCUGUUUUUUAUUCGUCUAAGUCUUGUGUACCUUCUUGAAUGGUUGAAACAAGUAAAAACAAAAAUGAAAAAUAUAAUGAUUUUAAUGAAA